AUGGAGGCGGCCGCCGCCUGCAGCAGCGCCGGCGGCAGCGAGUCGGGGCAUGCGUCGCCGCCCGACACGCCCUGCCCGUUGCGCCUCACUUCAGAGGAGCUGGGCCCGCCAGACUGUGUGCUGGAGGGCGGGGGGUGGACCAUCCCGGCGCACAGGUCUGUGCUGCGCCAGCGGUGCGACCACUUCCGCGCGAGGUGCGGCGCGGGGUGGGCCGACGCCAGCGCCGACCGCGUGCGCGUGCCAGACCACUUCAGCAAGCAGGCGGUGGCAGCCUUCCUGCACUACGUGUACAACGACAGCAUGGAGGGGUGCAGCGACCCUCAGGAGGCGAUUGGGGUGCUGCACGUCGCUCUCUACUACUCUUGCCCCCGCCUGGUGCACCU